GCGUGUCCCUGAGUCAUGCAUAUAAUAGGCAGACGAGCUGCGAUAGGCUUCUGCUCUCCACUCCUCAGCUCUCUGUGCAGCAGCAGGCUCCCCGGCAGCCGCAGCCUCUCCAAGAUGGAUAAGUUCUCCUCCUCAGAAGUGGUUUUCAACAAGCCUAAGGUUGAGCUGCAUGUGCACCUCGAUGGAGCCAUCAGGGUGCAAACCAUUCUUGAUGUUGCCAAAAGACGCGGCAUCGAUCUGCCGGCUAACACCGUAGAGGGAAUGAAGGAAAGGAUAAUUCUUCAAGAGCCUGCCAGCCUCACCUUCUUCUUGAGCAAGUUCACCGAGUACAUGCACGUGGUUGCUGGGGACAGAGAAGCAAUUAAGAGGAUAGCCUACGAGUUCGUAGAGGACAAAGCCAAGGAGGGAGUGAUUUAUGUCGAGGUCAGAUACAGCCCGCAUUUCCUAGCCAACACUAAAGUGGACCCUAUUCCAUGGGAUCAGACCGAGGGUGACUUGAGCCCAGAUGAGGUGGUUCACCUGGUUAACGAGGGCCUCCGCGAGGGGGAGAGGGCCUUCAAUAUCAAAGCCAGGUCCAUUCUAUGCUGCAUGCGCCACAAGCCAAACUGGUCCAUGGAUGUUGUGGAGCUGUGCAAGAAGUAUCGGCAUGAGGGAGUGGUUGCCAUCGAUCUGGCAGGUGAUGAAUCACUCAACUGUGAAACCAAUGCAGGCCACAGGGAAGCCUACGAGGAAGCAGUGCGUUGUGGAGUCCACAGGACAGUUCAUGCAGGAGAGGUGGGCCCGCCGUCGGUGGUGAAGGAGGCGGUAGAAGUGCUGAAAGCAGAACGUGUUGGACACGGUUACAGAACCCUAGAAGACCAAGGCCUGUACAGGAAACUGCUGGAUCAAAACAUGCACUUUGAGGUGUGUCCCAUUUCCAGUAAGCUGACAGGUGCCUGCGACCCAGACUUCACCAAACACCCUGUCAUCACGUUCAGGAGGGACAAGGCCAACUACUCCCUGAAUACAGAUGACCCUCUGAUCUUCAACUCAUCCAUCCACCUCGACUACAGCGCCGCGCACAAAUACAUGGGCUUCACUGAGGAGGAAUUCAAACGACUGAACAUCAAUUCUGCUAAGUCGUGCUUCCUACCCGACGACGAGAAGGAAGAGCUCCUCUGCAGACUGUACAAAGCCUACGGGAUGUUACAGAGCACCGCCUUUUAAGACAGAGCAGAACACCAGAGGAGAAAAAGGCUACGUUCACACUGCAGGGCUUAAUGCUCAAUUCCGAUUUUUUUGUGAAAUCCAAUUUUUUUGCGAGUUCGUUCACAUUUCCAAUUAAAUGCGACUUGUAUGUGAUCUCCUGUGUGAACCUCACACGACCCAAAAGAAACGACGAUACAUGCAGAGAGCGUGUUCAGUGUUUACGGACGUAAACAUGGACGCUAACAGCAUAUUUGUAACUUAAUCGUUUUAAGGAGGAGGCCAAGAAGGAAGAGACUCAGGAUUUUGGCCCUGGCAUUUUGCGGGGCAGUAGCAGCAAUGUCUGUCCAGAGAACUGUGUGGGUGCCGAGUCGCAGCCAGGAGUGGUGGGAUAGUGAUAUGAGAGGCUUCACAGAUGCGGACUUCGUUCAGAAUUUUCGAAUGACAAGGGCGACCUUUACCUACAUAUGUGAGUGCCUCUUUUUAACACUGUCACGGCAAGACACACAUCUUCGGCAGCCCGAAGACGUGUUUUACUUGAACACAGAAUAGUGACGUUUGUCGUGUACCAAUCGCGUAUAGGUCGGACAAAUGUGACCUGGGCAUUCAGACCGAAGUCGCAUGGCAAAAGAUCCGAUACGUAUCGGAAUUAGGACCACAUAGCCAAGUGGCCUGGGUCGCAUUUGAAAAAAAUCGUGUCGGUGUCGUACAGACUGUCAUGAAAAGAUCAGAUACAGGUCGCAUAGGGGCAAAAAAAUAAAAAAAUCAGAUUUGGGUCACUUGAGCCUGCAGUGUGAACGUAGCCAAAGUGACUUAACCCAGGAACAAAUCACUCUGGUCCCUUAAUCUCCUCACCUGACACAAUGGAAUGUGUUUUUACUUCAUUUUAACCCAACAUAAGGCCUACAGAAUAAUAUAUCAGGUGUUUGGCUACUAGUAUAUGGCUUCUCCUCAUGUACCCGUACAUCAUCAGCUUGUGUUUUGUCUACAUGUCAUCUAAGCACUUACACAGUUUUCAUGUGUUAGUUUAAGGUGCUGUUUCAGAGGAAGUCAUGGCCCUCUGCAAGGUGCAAAAACACAGAGGGAUGACAGUCUUUUAUAUUGCAGAUUCUGUCUCCAUCAAAACUCUGGACACGGUGUUUUUCUUGUGUUUACAUCCUUUUCGAAUACAGGGAAUCAGGGAAGCUGUAAAUGCACAAUUACUCAACAUUUUGUCAGCCUGAAAAGAAAGGAGAAAUGAGGUUAUUUGUUGUUCACUUCUGUCUUUGCUAAAACAUUACAGUGGUGUGUUUGGAUGAAAACAUGCAGUGAAUGAUGGCUGAACGGUGUACAGGCUAAAAACUUUCUCCCUUUGGGAAAAUAUAGUUUACUAUGAUAUCUGUUGUUCAUUCGAAGGGUGAAGUAAGGUGAUCCACUGUCACAAACAUACCGUAUUUUCCGCACCAUAAGGCAAAUCGGAUUGUAAGGCGCAGUCUUGAUUACGGGGUUUGUUUCUGUAUUUAAGCCAUAUAGAAGGCGCACCGUAUUAUUGGGCGCAUGCUAAAACAAGGAAACGGAAGCAUAACAGUGAGUUUGGUUGAACUUUAUUCUACUACGUAUUUAAAAAUACACUCAUUUUUGAUCAAUCUUUCCUCACAAAUCCAUCAAAGUCCUCGUCUUCUGUGUCUGAAUUGAACAGCUGGGCAAUUUCGACAUCAAACAUGCCGGGUUCGGAGUCAGUCUCAUUGCCGGCGACCGCUUCCCGCUCAGGCAGCGGUCGACUCUCCGGACAACACGGUCAUCAUCAGCAAUGGUGCCGGCUUUCGCGAAAGCUCGGACAAUAGUCAGUACUGUACGUAGCUUUAGGUAAUGUUCUCUAAUAGGUUUGUCGCUGCCAGUGUGUGUAGUGUACGCAUUACGUCCCUAUGUCGGCAGGAAAUGGUCCGACAGUCAGAUUUUGGAACUCAGUGCACACAUAAGACGCACCGGGUUAAAAGGCGCACCAUCGAUUUUUGAGAAAAUGAAAGGCUUUUAAGUGCACCUUAUAGUGCGGAAAAUACGGUAUGUACUCUUUGCCUUCCACAUCUAAAACUGCAGGAUACAUCAGGUGAAAACAGCUCAAUACCAAAAUUUUAGUAUUACAUUUGAACACUAGGUGGCGCACUACUCUCACCUAGAUGGAUAAAUCACCCGAUGUGGUUUUGCAUUUGAUAAAUACUCUGUUCUUUUGAUGUAUAUAUUUAUUUAAAGUGUUAUUUUCAUUUCACAAAUUUUAAAAAAGCACUUCCAUUUGUAACAUUUGACACUUUUAAAAACCUCUGACUAUAAUAAAGGCUAUAAUGAAAUGUU